AUGCUGUUGCUGAGCCUCGCUGCGAGGGUGGUGCCGCCACACCCCACCCACCUGUUGCCACAGACAACCCGGAUACCGCGGAUACUGCAGAUACUGCAGAUACUGCAGAUACUGCAGAUACUGCAGAUACUGCAGAUACUGCAGAUACUGCAGAUACUGCAGAUACUGCAGAUACUGCAGAUACUGCAGAUACUGCAGAUACUGCAGAUACUUACUGGAGCGCCCCCCCGAGAUACCUGGGUACUUGGGCGGGUUGCGGGACCACGUAAGGAGUGGUAUCCCCGUACCCAUACUUGCAGCGCCGUGGGCUUGCUCGUGGGCCUCGACGUGCUGCUGCGCGUGACCGUCGAAGACAUCCGCUUGCUUACGGACGAGAUGGCGCCGCGUUCUGAGGCCCGUAGCAUGCUGCAAACCCCAUCGCUUUCGGUCUACAUGCUGAACGGCAGCCGCGCUUUUGUGCUUACAGUCGCGGCCGUGCACGUGCUCGCUGCGUGCUGCCUGGCGGCGGGCUGGCAUGCUCGAGCCAGCGCGGUGGUGGUUUGGGGGCUGCAGGUGAGCGUCGUCGAUCGCCUGCCGGUCGCCAACAACGGCGGCGACCUGGUUUUGCUCGCGCUGCUGCUGUGGGCAUGCCUCCUCCCCUGCGGCGAGCUCUACACGCUGCAGCAUCGCGACGCAGGGCCGUCCACGCUUGGGCCGGCGAGGACCAGCUCGAGAAGGGCCUCUUCCGCGCCUCGGCCAUCCCCGACCCAGGGUGCGGCAGACGCAGUGGUGCUCUCCUGGGCGUCGGCCGGCCUGGCUACCUUUGUCCCAGCGGUUUACUUUGACGCCGGGUGGAACAAGGUGCGCGGGGGCGAGUGGGCGCUGAUGGGUUGGCGCCCGGACUGGUGGCCAGGAGGCGGCGGGGAGGGCGACGGCGGGCUGGGAGUCGACGCAGUUGCGCUCACGCUCUGCGAUGAGCCAAAUCUCGCCCUGCUCGGCCGGCUGGCGCGGGGGCCGCUGUUGCAGCGGCCCCUCGCCACGGCCCUGAUGACGACGUUCGCCUUGGCACUGGAGCUGCUCGGGCCGCUGUGCCUCUUUGCCGUGCCAUGCGCCACGUGGCUGGCACGAGCCCGCUUGCUGCUCGUCCCUCUCUUCCUGCUGUUCAACCUCGGCCUCGCCGCGCUGUACGACCUCCUCCUCUUCCCUGCGGUCAUGGCAGUCGGUUGCCUGCCCCUCAUACCCGCCGAGUUCUGGCAGCCCUGGCCACGGCUGCGUGCGGCCUGCCUGGAUCGUCUCGGUGCGAGGCCGCUUCAAGUGGACUCUCGUCGUGGGCAGUGCUGCGCACUUGUCCGCGGCCGCCUUGCUCCUCCCCAGCCACCCGGCGCGUGCGGCCGACUUGUCGACAAGCUCGCUUCCGCCUUCGCGUUUGUCCUCUUUUGGAGCUGCCUGUGCGGCUUUGCGAUGGACGUGAUGCGGGUCGACCUUCCUGGCGGCGGUAGGAUUCAGCAUCUGCUGCAGCUUUUGCACGUGCGCACCGAGUGGCAUAUGUACGACACACAGAAUGGCGACACGAAUGGCUGGGAAGAGAUCGAGGGCACCCUGCGCGACGGAAGCAGUGUCGACGUGCUUCGCUCGUUGAAGGCUGGCACGCCGCUCCCGAGGGCUCUCCAGCCGACGGCCCUGAGCUCUGACCCCUGGCAGCACCACACGCUCGCCGACAUGUUGUUGCAUCACACGAACCGGUGGCGGGAGCGCUGGUUUUACCAGCAGCACGAGGCGAGACAGCUAUCGCCGGCCGUGGGUCGCCAUCUGUGCGAGCGGUGGGCGCGUGCUGUGCGUCGCGAGCGCUGGACAUCCGGUCAGCAGCUCGAGCGGUUCGUGUUCAAUGUCACGAUACUCCGAGUUGCCGGGAUCAACGCCGCCGCCGGGGAGUGCCUCUUCAGCCGGCCUGUGCUAUCAUCGCCGAUGUUUGGCCUCGAGCGUGUCGUGCGGUGGCUGCUCAAGGGCUGGUUCCGCCUCGAGCGGAAGGACGUUGUGGUUUCGGCCACUCGUCUCGAGCUGGCCCGGCUCGAGCUGGUGGUCGACGCGUGGAACCAG